CUCAGAAAUCGCCUUUCACAUUUAGCGACCAUGACGCCGAUUGCCGUCUUAUUGUUGUGGGUAGUCGUAUAACCUGGUGCGUGGCUUUAGGAAUGGCGGGAGAAUCAGCUGUAACCUUUCUCCUUCACGGUGGUAUCUCUCUAUCCACAUGAGUGAUCGGCAUGGAGCAACCCUGGAUCGAACAUGUCCCUGGACCUCGUCCGUUUUUCUCUAAGCAACGUUUUUAUAGACCACGCCUUAGCUGGCGUUCUCAGUCAUCAUGCCCUAGCUCGAGUAUCGGUUUCUAGUGCUUUAUUUUUUGUUAACUAGGGCUACUCGCACCUCUUAGUGGCACGUCUGCUGUCCUUUAACGGCUAUUCCUCAACUCACGUAUCCUUUUGGAGCCUUCAUCCGUCUCGACGCACUGCAAUCUUUGAUAGAAAACACGGAUUUGGACAGCGAAAGCGCAGGUUUGAUCCCAGUGUUCGCGCCUUCUCGUAACCCGUGGCCGCAAUAAUAUUUUAAUCGCGUCGCAGCUUCUCCUAAGUCGACCAGGAAAGCGCCAUGGCUCUUCUGGAGCAUCUGAAGGUCGACCCCGGCAGUAUUCGCUUCCAGUUCGAGGUGGGCCAGGAGCUCCGCAGCACCCUUCGCUUCACCAACUUCAGCGACCAAACGCUGGUCAUUAGGCUGACCCCGGGCACUGCUCGUGCGUACACUAUAGUGGAUGGGGGCAUGCUGCUACUGCCGCCUAACAGCCUCGAAGAGAAGUCAGUGCUGUGUGCAGCCUUUGACAAGAAGCCCUUCUGGUUUCCCGCGGAUUUCUUCACCCUCGAAUGCUUCCUCGCUAACUCCAUCCAAGAGGUGGAGCUGGGUCGCGAUGUGGUACCCAUAGGCCGUCGCCAGCUGCAGGUGGCCUUCAACGAACGACCGGGCGGCAACUCCAUGCCCGCCCUCUUCAGUAACGUGAGAGAGAGAGAGAGAGAGAGAGAGAGAGAGAGAGAGAGAGAGAGAGAGAGAGAGAGAGAGAGAGAGAGAGAGAGAGAGAGAGAGAGAGAGAGAGAGAGAGAGAGAGAGAGAGAGAGAGAGAGAGAGAGAGAGAGAGAGAGAGAGAGAGAGAGAGAAGAGAGAGAGAGAGAGAGAGAGAGAGAGAGAGAGAGAGAGAGAGAGAGAGAGAGAGAGAGAGAGAGAGAGAGAGAGAGAGAGAGAGAGAGAGAGAGAGAGAGAGAGAGAGAGAGAGAGAGAGAGAGAGAGAGAGAGGAGAGAGAGAGAGAGAGAGAGAGAGAGAGAGAGAGAGAGAGAGAGAGAGAGAGAGAGAGAGAGAGAGAGAGAGAGAGAGAGAGAGAGAGAGAGAGAGAGAGAGAGAGAGAGAGAGAGAGAGAGAGAGAGAGAGAGAGAGAGAGAGAGAGAGAGAGAGAGAGAGAGAGAGAGAGAGAGAGAGCAUGGGUUCCCAAGCUAUAUAAGGCCCUCUCCCUCUCAUUCUCCUCUGUUUUUACAUGGAGGGACUCCUACUACUGACGGGACGCUCGCCAACCUCCCAG